GGCAGGGAGCCGCCAGUGUGGAAUUCUUGCACGCCUGCCUUCUUGUAGCUGCUUUCUCAACCUAGCCCAGCAUCACCAUGGUGGACGCCUUCCUCGGUACUUGGAAGCUAGUGGAUAGCAAGAAUUUCGAUGACUACAUGAAGUCAAUCGGGGUGGGUUUUGCUACCAGGCAGGUGGCCAACAUGACCAAGCCUACCACAGUCAUCGAAAAGAAUGGGGACACUAUCAUACUAAAGACACACAGCACCUUCAAGAACACAGAGAUCAGCUUUAAGCUUGGGGUGGAGUUUGAUGAGACAACAGCAGAUGACAGGAAGGUCAAGUCCACUGUGACACUGGAUGGAGGCAAACUUGUCCACCUGCAGAAGUGGGAUGGGCAAGAGACGACACUUGUGCGGGAGCUAAGCGAUGGAAAACUUAUCCUGACUCUCACCCACGGUAGUGUAGUUUGCACUCGCACUUACGAGAAAGAGGCAUGACCUGUCCAUGCUUUCGCUGACUGCUGCCGAUCGGCUGACCCUCGACUCAGAACCACAUUGCCUCAUUUGUUUCCUCUGCAUUUUGUAUAAAUACAUCGUGGUUGAGGGAUUCUUCUGGAAUCAAGUGCCACCAGCCCAAAUCCAGUUCCAGUUCCUAUUGUGUGUGUGUGGUUUGUUUUUUUCAAAGGGUGCUCUGAGGUCAAUAAAGCAGAGCCAAGGCUA